AUGGCGGCAGCAGCGGCGACAGCAGCCCCAGGCGGGGCGGGGGUUGUGCCGGGACCGGGAGCGCCGAAGCUGGGAGUGGAGACGGUGAAAGGGCAAGUGUUCGACGUGGGGCCGCGCUACACGGACCUGCAGUACAUCGGCGAGGGGGCUUACGGCAUGGUCUGGUGAGUGAGCGCGAACCGCGCGGAAUGGCCCUGUCCGGGCGCCGUACCCGUGCCAGGAGCCCGAGGCUUGGCUGGCCGACCCGCCGAAAGCGGCCCUCCCGGCCGCCGUAGCCUUUCCGACAGGCUUCCGCCAUGUUGCUUCUUAGUUACUGAACCCCGACAGAGGCGCCUGCCGCGCUCUCGACGCUGCUCUCCCCGCCCCGACCCUGUCCGCGUCGGCUCCCGUUGCUCCUCCGCUCCAAGGCUCCCCGUUGCACGCGCAGGGCUCUCCUCUCGGCUGCAGCCUUUUUCUGCAGAUGCUCUUCUCCCAAACUGCCCUGUGAACUAGGAACGAGCAGAAGCAGCACGCCCUAGCCCUGCCAAGUCAUUGUUGUGCUCCGAGCCCCUCCCAGGGACUGGCCCUUGCCGGCCCGCUAUCUCCUUGUGCCAAUAUUUGCCAGCUUCCUUGCUCAUGCCUCCAUUGUUCGGAGGCUGGCUGGUGCCUUCCUGCUGCUUUCGAAGGGCGCUUCUGUGCAUUUUAAUACCAAGGUGGCAAGCAGCUUGGUGGUCGCAGCCCUGGUGCCCCCUUAUCACUGCAGCACUUUGGUGGAGAAGUUGCAUCUGACAAACUUCUUGUUGCACGGCUGUUGGCACCAGGGACACGUCUUGCAAGUCGGAGGCUGGCUAACCUGCCUUCUUGCCAAACCUCUCAUUGCCAUGUAGUUAAGUAAUGCGGGAAUGCUUGAUAUGAUGUCAGCCCCACUCAGUGCUAGCACUUUUUACACCACUAUUCCUGUAGGCUCCAUAGUUUUGCCAGCCUUGUUAAAUACCAUAUUGAGACAUAGUGUGUGUUCUUUUCUAGACUUGGGUUGACACUAGGCCUAUAGUUUUAAUAUUAAUGGUAGGCUAUUCCAAUAACUGAACCUUCAGAACUGCUGUAUAUGCCUCAUUUGUGCCUUCAAAAGUUAACCCAGGCUAGGGUAUUUGCAAUAUCCUAUUGUAUGAAACCUAGCCACCAUAUUACACCCAACAGCUUGGGUUUGGUACUUAAGCUGCCAGUACCUGUAGCAGUCAAACUGUGUAACACCUUUUAUUCUGAAGUAUUUAUUAUCUCCUCACUAAGCAUCUGAUCUUCUAGGCUUCUGUGCUUACACUCCAUGCCUUGAGAGCUUUACAGUAGGUAUAGGAAACAUUUGGCGCUGCAGAUGUUGCCGAACUACAAUUCCCAUCAGCCCCAGCAAGCAUAGUCAGUGGCCAGGAUCGUAGCAGUUGUAGUUCAGCAACAUCUGCAGGGCCAGAGCUUCCCUGUACCAUGCCACCUAGUGUUGACUCUUUACGUCUCAUUCUGCCAGCUCUUGCCAGCUGCCAGUACUUGUGCCAAGUGGUGAUAAUGGAGCCAAACAGUUGGGUUUUCUAAAUAAUUGUAUCAUGCAAUUUGUACUGCUGUGCCUGCUAUUUCCUCCUCUCUCCCUUAUCUUUCUGUCCUUGUAUUGAUCCUAUUGACUUAAGAUCCAAAACCUUGGUGUACAUUUGGGGCUUUCUGACUGCCUUGCAUGGAAGCAGUUCCCCUUGUCAGUUGCUCUUGUGGAUCACCAGACUGUUUUCUUCCAAUGGGGGAGAGGAGGGGGAAAAAGGCAUUUGGCAAUUUGGAGAAAGAAUGUAUGCAAGCUUUUAUACUGAGGAGACAGUCUAUGUAUGUGCACGGACCCAGAGGUUACCAUCUGCAUGUGUCUUUUGUCUUCCUUUCCCCACAGCUCUGCCUACGAUCAUGUCAACAAGAUCCGGGCUGCCAUAAAGAAGAUCAGUCCCUUUGAGCACCAGACGUACUGCCAGCGCACACUGCGAGAGAUCAAGAUCCUUUUGCGCUUCAAGCAUGAGAAUGUCAUCGGCAUCAAUGACAUCCUGCGUGCACCUACCAUCGACCAGAUGCGUGAUGUGUAUCCUUGAAGACCACUGUUGUCCCUUCCAAGCCUGGAAGGGCACCUACGUGAAAAUAUGUUUUGAUGCCCAGAGGCUGUGGGAGUCACACUGUUAUCUGCAUAGAGUCCUUGAAUCAAAUGCGUGGCUCUGAGGCUUUGGCUGGCACACAGCAUAAUGAUGUGUUGUGGAAUUGCUGGGAAAAGAUUGUGCCAGCAUCCGCAUUGGCUUCCUGUUGUCUUCUGAGCAUGGCUCUGGGCGUUGUGCUUUUAAUGGGUUAGGGCUAAAAUGAUCACUUAGAUCAAGAAUGUUCUUUUAGUACCAUGCCUCUGAAUAGGUUUACAUCACAAGCAUGUGAAGAGGCGGUGUUAUUAGCGGUGCAUCAUUAUCAGCGAUACAUUCUGCUUGGCAGUCAUUGGAAGUGUUAGCAACACUCAGUAUCUGGCUGGACUACACCUAUGAAAAUCUAACUCAGCCUGAGGGACAAAUUGUGGGUGGCAUCAUGGGUGGCUCAGCACUUUGUGUGCACUUUAUGGUUCCCCCUUCCCCUCCCAGGAUGCUCCUUUACUUACAGUACUACUAUUAAAGUUGUUUUUCUUGACUGUUGCUCUUGCUCCCUCUUUCCUGGAGGGGGCACCAUUUCUCCCUCUGCAGAUAUAUAGUUCAGGAUUUGAUGGAAACUGAUCUCUAUAAGCUGCUGAAGACCCAGCAGCUCAGCAAUGACCACAUCUGCUACUUUCUCUACCAGAUUCUCCGAGGGCUGAAAUACAUCCAUUCUGCCAAUGUGCUUCAUCGGGACCUGAAGCCCAGCAACCUUCUCAUCAACACCACGUGUGACCUGAAGGUGGCAUUCAGCAACUUUUGCUAGACUCUUUCCUUCCCUCUCCAGCUGACACCAGCUUUCUCCCACCCCCACUCUGCAUUUUGCAACCUUAGAUUUCUGCUCAUCCUGGGUUUCCUGCUCAUGCCCAUCCCCUUUGGGGUUUUUUCCCCCCUCUCUCUCCUUACAGAUCUGUGACUUUGGCCUGGCUCGGAUUGCAGACCCAGACCAUGACCACACAGGUUUCUUGACGGAGUACGUCGCUACUCGCUGGUAUCGAGCCCCUGAAAUCAUGCUUAAUUCCAAGGUAAGAUAGUAGGAGUGAGGACAAGUGAUGCAAAGUUCAGUUGGAAGUGAGGUCUCUCAACCUCUUGGGGGGGGGGAUUAACAUAGCCAUGAAAGCAACAUGAAGACAUUUUCUUAAUUUAAUAACACUUAGCUCACACCCACCAUAUGGGUCUUUUUUUCCCCAUUAAAUCUGGGAGAGAUGUCUUCCUGAAUCCUGUACUUUUGCUGGGGCCAUAGUUUCAGGCUUUCAGUGCCUCAUAAAGAAAGGAACCUUAGUUUUCAUUCUGCCAGAUAGUCACUGUGCAAGGAGAAAGCAGCCUCUUCAUGAACUGUGGGCUGGUUAUGCAUGGCAGGGAAGCCCAGAACCUGGUUCUCUUUCCAUGUCUUUUACCCUCUUCUCAGGGCUACACCAAGUCUAUUGACAUAUGGUCUGUGGGCUGCAUCCUGGCUGAGAUGCUGUCAAACCGACCCAUCUUUCCUGGCAAGCACUACCUGGACCAGCUGAACCACAUCCUGGGUAAGGGGAAAAUAUCAGGGAGUAAAGCAUUUGGUAUUGGAGGGAAGAGGUUCUUUUGUACUCACUAUUGAAUGGCCAACUCUGCCUCCCUCUUGGUCUCUUUUCAGUACCCAAGGCCUUGCUUGUUCCAGAACUUGAAAACUAUUUUCCCUGUCCAAUAUAUCCAACAAAGUUCUAUCUGCCAUCUCUACAGGUAUUCUGGGUUCCCCGUCUCAAGACGACUUGAACUGCAUCAUCAACAUGAAGGCUCGCAACUAUCUCCAGUCGCUGCCCCAAAAGCCCAAGGUUCCCUGGGCCAAACUGUUCCCUAAGGCUGAUCUCAAAGGUAAGGGAGGAAGAAGGCAAAGGGUGUUCAGCCACUUCUGUGUCCCAGCAUGCAUUGCUCAUUGUUGUCCAUUCUCACAUUCCAGUGUUUUCCCUACUAUUUGCCUAAUUAUACUUCCCAAUAUAACCUAAGCCAGAAGUCUUUAAACUCUUUUGUUUCAGAGAAGGGUCCCAUUAGCCUGUGCAGGUUGCAGUUUCCCCCUCACUGUUCAAAUAUAAAUGUUGUUCAGCCACCUGCAUUUUCACCCAGUGUAACCAGGACUUUUAUGUCUCUCAUCACUCUGGCCAUGAAGGGGUAUGAAAAUUAGUGUGUCCUGAAAUUUCCUUUUGAUGCAGCUAUUAACAAUAUAAGAGCUGUGGUUUUGUUUCUAACUAAUAACAUAAACAGACAGCCACACCCUAGACAAAGCAAUGGGAUAAAAGUUCUUAAUUAGCAUUCAGAGGUAAUGCCAAUCAAAUUGUCAGCUACCAGUAAAGGCGGGCAAAACAUAGUGAUGAUGCUAAUGUUAGUCCCCUUGAAGCCAAGACAAUUGAGAUUGUUGCACUAUGGUUAUGCUCUGUGCAGCUUACAGUUCCCCAAGCAAAUUAUAAUUCAUCCACAAAAAGAUAAAACAUUAAAGGUAUUUGGAGCUCUUUAUGCUGGUUCCUUCUGCUCUCUGGCAGAUGGUGGACUUCCUCCAGGGGGCAAAGUGAAGGAAGAGAACAGAGAGAGUUGCUGAUGGAGUUGGGGGCUGGCUGAUGGUAAAUGUUGCAACUCCGAGAAGCUGCCCUUACCACAAUCUGUCAAAUUGUUGUAGCCCAAUCCUGUGCAUGUUUCACUUGGAAGCAACUCCCACUAAGUUCAGUGAGACUUACUCCCUUUAAGUUGAAAAGCAAAUAACUUGAGACUUAAAACAGGCAGCAAUUUCUUCUGAAGAGCAAGAAACCAGCCAGAGUAGCAUUUGGAUGUUCUUAGAAUACAAAACUGUGAAAAGACUGUUUGAAGGAGGACAGGUGAUAGCUGAGAAGCUAAAUGAAUUGUCCAUGUUGAGGACAUGUACGGUGUGUGAGAGCUCUCCUCUAUGACAGUGUUUGGAAUACAGAGCACUAAGGAGCUACGUUAAAUCAAGAUGAUACACAGAGAAGAUUUCUAGGAGCUAAUUGAUAAGUUUCAAAUUUCAAUUGGGGACAAAUUGCAUUUACUUUAAGAGUCCUUAAAGACCUUAGAUGUUAAAAGCCCAGCAACUUCACAAGUAUGUGCAACUUGUCAGUGUAAGGCCCAUUUUAAAGAAAGGAUUCAGGGGUGAAUUGCAAAUGCCACACCUGUAAGUCUUACUGUCACAGGUCAAUUGGUAAAAUCAUUACGAAAGCCAGAUAGUAAGUGCAUAAGAGAGAUUCUGGGGUUAUGGUGAGCAGCUCACUGAAAACAUCAACUCAGUGUAUCAUUGCUGCGAAAAAAGGCGCUCGGAUUUCCUAGGCACUCAAAUGUUGAAUUAAUUGGAAAGGGGUUGAGAAUAACACUCUGGUGCCUCUCUGUAAACCUGUAGCAAUCCCUGAGCUAGAGGAGUGUUGUUGUGGACCACGCCCAGGCCAAGUAGGGUAGUGCAAGCCGGGAGAAGGUACAGAAGUGAACAGCCAAGGUGGUCAAGUGAGGUGAAGCAUCUUCCCUAGGAGGAAAGAGCAAAGCAUGUGGGGCUGGUGGCCGCCAGCAUAGAUCACAUUCAAAGGGGGUAGACGCAUUUGCAUGGCGCGACUGUGAUGUCGGCAGCCGCCCAUAUUCACAACAGAGAAAAGGAACGUCCACUUCAAAAACAAAUGCACCUGUGAAUAGGCACAAAAUGGAGAGAGCUGUUGCUGCACAAGCAGGGCAUGGAAGCAUCUACCUGGCCAUCAUUGGAAACGGAUGCUGGGCUAGAUGAGCCCUCGGCCUGAUCCAGGAGGAAUCUUGCUAUGGGAUGCUGUGGGUGAUGCCAGCCACCUUUCAUUGCUCUCUGCUGCCACCUGUGGCCAGAUUCCAGGCCUGCAACUAUUUGCUGGCACAAUUUUGUGUGUGUGUGUGUGUGCGCGUUUUCUUCCUGUUGCCAUCUGCUGUCUGGCUGCUGAUACUGCAUCCUAUCCCCCCCCCCCUUUCCCUUUUUCAGCUCUGGACCUGUUGGACAAAAUGUUGACCUUUAACCCUAAUAAGCGCAUCACGGUGGAGGAGUCCCUUGCCCACCCUUACCUAGAGCAGUACUACGACCCCUCAGAUGAGGUGCUGGACGCUUUGGUUCUUGGGGUUUGACUACCGUUUGAGGGUAUUUGGGAGCACAAGGCGAGGAACGAGAAGGAGGGAGUACAGUGGGCUAGGAUGGGCGGACUUGGGAAACGAAGGCAUUUGGGGACCAGGAUUCCUGGAUUUUUACAUCUCUCCCUUUGCUCCACGCUUAGCCUGUGGCUGAGGAGCCUUUCACCUUUGACAUGGAGCUGGAUGACCUGCCCAAAGAGAAGCUGAAAGAGCUGAUAUUUGAGGAGACGGCACGAUUCCAGCCUGGCUACCAGGGGCCCUGA